GCCGUGAAUGAUUUAACACCUAUUUAUAUCUCAGAUAUAUUUAGGCCAUUCAUAAACCCUCAAGCAAGAUUGUUAAGGAAAUCCCGAGAUUUCACUAUCCCUAUUCACUAUCCACAUAAGUCUCCAAUAUACAAAAUGAUGAACCUAUGGAAUGAUCCAGGAUCUGUUCCCUUGGAACAAAAGCUCUUGCCAACUAUUGCAUCUUUUAAAAGAGCACUCAAAUUAAAUUUGUUCCCUGGUGUUGUUUCAACUAUUUGUUUAAAAUUAACUCGUCAACAAGAACUUUAUCUGAAUAGAGCCAGGGUAGAUUUAAUUUUAAAAGCUCAGCUCAAACCCCA